AGGAGGGGAAAACAGACAGAUGCUUGUGAGUGCCCCAUGGCUGCAGCUGCCUCAGUUCAUUCAUUUAUUGCCUAUUGUAACUUGGAAGCAUUCUUUAGGUCAGUUCAUCUUCUGGGACCCGUCCCUGCCUUCCGGGUAAGGAAUCCAUGCACACGGACAGGAUGACUCAACAGUGGGAUGGAUGUUCAGAUACCAGAGAGGUGCUGGUGACUUGACAAGAACUUCCACAUUCUUUGGAGAGACCUACUGUAUGUGAGACCUUUCAGGAAGCUGUGCAGUUUGAAUACAUCAGACCGUUCCAGUACCUGAAACUCAUGAUGAAGAGAGCUAAGCAGAAAGCUGUGGUUGAAACUGAAGCUCCUCAAACAUCACAGAAAAGCAAAAAACAGAAAACUUGUUUGUAUGGCUCAGUGUUUGGUGAAUCUGACUUACACGCCUCAGUGGACUGGGGACGCCUUCCGCACCAUGUUAUUCUGCGUGUUUUUCAGUUUCUGCCUUUAGUAGAUCGAGCCAGGGCCUCUUCUGUUUGUCGAAGGUGGAAUGAAAUUUUUCACAUCCCAGAUCUCUGGAGGAGAUUUGAAUUUGAACUUAGCCAGCCAGCUACUUCUUACUUAAAGUCUACACAUCCUGAUCUCAUUCAGCAGAUUAUCAAGAGGCAUGCUGAUCAUCUGCAGUACGUCAGCUUCAAGGUUGAUAGCAGCACUGAGUCAGCAGAAGCAGCCUGUGACAUCCUUUCUCAGUUGGUAAACUGUUCUAUUAAGACACUGGGUUUGAUUUCUACAGCAAAACCAAGCUUCAUGAAUGUCUCUAAGGCUCAUUUUGCUUCAGCACUGACAGUAGUUUUUGUGAACUCCAAGUCAUUAUCAUCAAUCAAGAUAGAUGACACGCCGCUUGAUGAUCCUUCCUUGAAGGUUCUUGUUGCUAACAACAGUGAUACUCUAAAACUGCUAAAAAUGAGCAGCUGUCCUCAUGUAUCACCUGCUGGAAUUCUUUGUGUUGCUGACCAGUGUCAUGGACUUAAGGAGCUGGCUUUGAACUACUACAUACUAAGCGACGAACUGCUGCUGGCUCUUUCAAGUGAAAAACACGUUGAUCUUGAACACCUUCGCAUAGACGUUGUGAGUGAAAAUCCUGGACAAGUGGAAUUUCACACGAUUAAGAAGCAAAGCUGGGAUGCUCUUGUUAAACACUCCCCCAAAGUCAACAUUGUGAUGUAUUUCUUCUUAUAUGAAGAAGAAUUUGAUGCUUUCUUCAGAGAGGAAACCCCCGUUACGCACCUUUACUUUGGUCGUGCAGUGAGCAAAGCAAUGUUGGGUCGUAUUGGCAUGAACUGCCCAAGGUUAAUAGAGUUGGUCGUGUGCGCUAAUGGCCUCCAGCCUUUGGACGACGAGCUCAUUCGGAUCGCAGAGCGCUGUAAGAACUUAACAGCAAUGGGACUUGGUGAAUGUGAAGUAACUUGCAGAGGUUUUGUUGAGUUUGUAAAGAUGUGUGGGGGCAGGCUUACCCAGCUUUCUAUAAUGGAGGAGGUGCUGAUUCCAGAUAAUGACUACAGCUUAGAUCGGCUUCAUUUGGAAGUCUCCAAGCACCUGGGAAGAAUGUGGUUUCCUGAUAUGAUGCCAACAUGGUAACUUCUCUACAUUUGGGAGUAAACUGGUAGAAUCAGGGUGUUGCUUUCUAUGCAAAUAAAGAAUUUAAACAAAAUGUAAAAACUUAUUUCCAAGAUUUGAGUUUUUCUACCUUGAGAACCUCUAGUAGUGUAACAGCAAAACAUUCUAGGAUGUUAAUGGUAUAUUGAAGUAGAAAUUAGAUAAAAUGUACUUAACACUUCUGAAAGUAUGUCUGUAGUUUACAGAUGCUGCAAACUUCAGUGAACUUGGGCUUCUCUGAGCUUCAGUUUAAAUAUUCUAUUCACAUUAAAGAUUUUUUUUUUGUCCAUGUC